AUGUGCCAAAUAUCAUAUGUCAUGAUUCUAACCUGGAUCUUGAAUUCUAGAGAAUCCAUCUUUACCAUCCAGUACAACAUCCGCUCAUUCAUGAAUGUGAAACACUGGCCAUGGAUGAAGCUGUACUUCAAGAUCAAGCCUCUUCUGAAGAGUGCAGAGACUGAGAAGGAAAUGGCUGCCAUGAAGGAGAACUUUGAGAAGAUGAAGGAAGAUCUGGCAAAGGCACUGGCCAAGAAAAAAGAGCUUGAGGAGAAGAUGGUGUCUCUUCUGCAGGAGAAAAAUGACCUGCAACUGCAAGUGGCAGCUGAAACAGAAAACCUCUCUGAUGCUGAGGAAAGGUGUGAGGGGCUCAUCAAGAGCAAGAUCCAGCUUGAGGCCAAACUCAAAGAGACAAAUGAAAGACUGGAAGAUGAGGAGGAAAUCAAUGCUGAGCUGACUGCCAAGAAGAGGAAACUGGAGGAUGAGUGCUCUGAGCUGAAGAAGGACAUUGAUGAUCUAGAACUCACCUUGGCUAAAGUGGAGAAGGAGAAACAUGCCACUGAGAACAAGGUCAAAAACUUGACAGAGGAGAUGGCCUCUCAAGAUGAAAGCAUUGCCAAGCUCACUAAGGAGAAAAAAGCCCUCCAAGAAGCACAUCAGCAGACUCUUGAUGAUCUCCAGGCAGAGGAAGACAAAGUCAAUACUCUGACCAAAUUCAAGACCAAGCUUGAACAACAAGUGGAUGAUGUAAGAAUUUAAGAAGCAGUAUCUGUUGUAUAUUUAGAAUACAGGAAUGUUUUAAUAGAUUUGUCCUAAUAUGGUGCUCUCAAAUGCACUGGUUUAAAUAAAAUU